UCUUUAUUCUUGAAAUUAUGUUUAGUUGCUCGUUGAUAUAUAUUUGUUUUCACUGUUUCAGUUACAACUACUAUGAUCCCUUUGAUGAUGAGUCUGAUGAAGAUUAAGAUGCAAAUUCUGGGGUGCUCCGUGCUGCAGAGACACUUUGAAAAACUUGAAGCAUUGAAGAUCUCCUUGGAGGACAGGUUGUGAAAUGACAAUUUUUGCUAUCUGUCUCAGUGGUGUAGACUGUAGAGUGUAAUCUUUUGUCUUCAAUGACUUUCUGCUACUUAUUUAAUCUUAUGUUUCCUCCUUUGUUAUGUAUUAUAGAGGAUUAAAAAAUAUUUGUUAGUUCUAAGAACAUUUGUUAUAUGCUUUAUUUCUGUCAAGUUAUAGUAUCUUUAUUUCAUACUAAAGAGGGAAAGAAAGAAAGAAUAAUAUAGUUUAAUUGAAUUUUCUGGUUUGUUUUACAGAAAUUUUUUGUUAUUAGGUUGAAGGUUAUACACAUCAGCAAUCACAAUAGUUUUUGGUACAACUCAGUUUUCUUUCAGUUGCACUAAACUAGUGCCAAAUUGGUAUAAACAUGUAGAUCAAUUGACAAAUGUCAGGCUGAAUGUUGUGACCCCUGUUCGAACUAAAAAUCUUCCAUUUUCGUGUGUGAAUUUUUAAGUGUUAUUGUCAUUUUUUUUAUCUAAAGUAAUCGUCUCUGUAUCUCUUUUUUUAAACAAACCUAGCAAGAUGUAAACGUUUUGAUUUUCGCCCCUAACAUAAAAGCAAGCCUAUUACAAAAGCAUAUAGGCCGCGAAUAGAGGAUGAUCUGGCAACAUAUGACAUUGCAACCAAAUAAGUGUGUGUUAUCUCAUCAAACAUUUGCCUAUGAAUUACCUUGGACCAAACAUUUGUGAUCUGUCUUUAUUUUCGAUUCAACCUUUGUUUGGCUUUAUUUUCUGCGUUUAUCUCAUCGAUUCAUCUCAGUCUUCUUAAACUCCGUGUUAGCAUCAAACAUUUGCCAUGUCAAGUAAUAAAAUUGUUUAACUAUAGUGAUUCAUAAACCGAAAAUCCACAAUCUUCGUUUAUGCUGUUAACAAGGCUGCUACAAUGUCAUCAUCAAAUUUACAUAAGCUCCAAAGACAUGAUAUAGGUGAUAUGGAAGAUAUGAUGAGUGAAUUACCCGAGGCUGUUCUUCUUCAUAUUCUUUCUUUACUCCCUACUAAAGAUGCUGUAAGAACUUCCAUAUUAGCUACAAAGUGGAAAUACUUGUGGACACAUUUAUCCAUCUUUGAUUUUCAAGUUUCUUGUAAUCCGGAUGUAUCAAAGCCAGAACAGGAGUCGGAAAAUUGCCUCAUAGAUUGGGUGGACAAACUACUUCACACAUCUAACCAUGUAGAAAGACUUUGCGUUCAAGUACAAAAUGCUGAUAUUGAUGGAGAUAAAGCUAAUUCUUUGUUAUCUUCAGCAUUGAUGCACAAACUCCUUGAUCUUAAACUUUCCCUAGACCAGACAUUUGCUAGGUUUGUGUUACCCAAUAAUUUCUCAGCAUCCCAAUCAUUGAAUAAGUUGUGCUUAGAAUUUGGUUUCACUCUAUAUAUACCUGAUGGUAUACGUUUCCCUAACUUGAAGACGUUAUAUCUUUCACAUCUUUCCUUCGAAAAUGAGAAGUCGGCUCAACGGCUUUUGUCUGGGUGCCCUGUCCUACAAGAGUUGACCUUGUAUAAUUUUUUUUGGUUGAACAUAGAACAAAUCAAUGUUGCAAUUUCCACACUAAGGAAGUUGACCAUCGAGUUAAAUCAUUUUGAUCCAAGUGAUUUGCGUAUUCGCAGUUUUACAAUCAAAUUUGAUGUUCCGAAUCUUUUAUCUUUAAGCUACACAGCCCAUCCAAUUAUAAAAUUUGUCCUCGUUAACCCUACCUCCAUAGUUGAUGCAUGUAUUGAUCUUAGGUGUUAUGAUCUCCAAAAUCAACAGCAAAAUACUAAGCAAUUUGCAAUUGAGCUAUUGAGUCGACUUGGUAGUGUCAAAUCUCUCACAAUAUCAAAUGAUACUCUUCAGUGUCUUAACUAUGCAAAAGACACUCUUCAUCUUUUGCCUCCGUUCUUCAAUUUGACGCAUCUUGAUGUGCCCUUGGGGUAUUUUUACCCCACCAGUGAAGUAUUAGCAAGCAUUUUCCACAAGACUCCUAAUCUGGAAGUUCUUCACAUUUCUAAGGGAUUUUUCUUAUUUAUGGAUGAAGGAUGGCCAUCAAAUUCAUUUCCUUGGUGUUUCACAUCUUCUCUCAAAGUAUGUUCUAUAUCAGAUUUUCUUGGAAUUAAACCUGAUAUCGAAGCUGUAAAGUUUCUGUUAGAAAAUGCCACAGUCUUAGGGGAGAUCAACAUAUUCUGUUCGGAAUUAUUAUCAAAAAAUUUGGAGGAGCUUGCUUAUGUCAGGAACCAAUUGCAAAAUUUAUGCCAGGGGCGAUGUGUCAUUAAGUUUCGAUGAAAAUCUUUGUGAAAAUAUUGACAGAAAAGCAAUUGGAGAACGAUCGUACGCUUGCGGAUUACAACAUUCAAACAGAAUCUACACUUCAUUUGGUGCUGAUGGAGAGAGUUCAGGUACAAUAGGUUAUGUGAAUUCAAUAUUCAGGAGAAAGUGGGUAUUCCACUAAGUUUAUAGUUGCUAGAAAGCAGCUUCAAGAUGGUUAUACUCAUUAUAAUAUGGUUUUGCUGGUUCGUGGUGGUAAUGAAAAUAUAUGCGAAGACUCUUACUAGGAGAACUAUUACAUUGAAGGUGGAAAGUAAGGAUUCAAUUGAUGUAUAUGAAUUAUAAACCUGUUCCUAUCAGUCUUGCUGCAUAUAGAAGGCUAGUUUUGACUCUUACUUUAGAAAUUGCAUACCUGUUUCUUUUUUUAAUUUGAUUUUGUUGUUCUGUGCUAUUGUUAAAUAUUCUUUUAGUUAUUUUUGAACUUCUACUGAAUUGAGGUGUUGCAAGCUGAUGUAAGUUAAGUAAGUCGUUGGACAAGUAACGUCACUUUUUUGGUUA